AUGCGUAUUCAUGCGACGCUGCUAAUCCAUGCAGUAACGGAGCGUGCUGCGGAGCAAGUGGCUAUUGUGGUUAUGGCGACACAUACUGCGGCGCUGGAUGUGUGUCUAACUGCGAUGCAACCGCCUAGUGCGAGCAACUGUGUUCUGGACCCGAAGCCUCUAGGUGGUGCUGCAGCUGUCGACGUGCUGUCGAACAAAGUCAUCGGAUAUUACGAGUCUUGGAUGGCCCGGAAGGACUGCCACAAAGUCGCUCCUACCGACCUACCAUGUACGAUAUCUUGA